GUUCCUAGCCACAGGUAGAUCCCAGCACAGUACACAGACAGGAAAUGGAAGCCACCACUCUCAAGCCCUUAACGAGUUCCAUACUCAACAGACUCCAUUUCUCUCGCCGGAAUGACAUUCUCCGGCCGUCAUCCCUGCGAGGUGGACGCAAACACACCGCCGGCUCAAUUUCGAUUUCGGUGAAACGUAAUCGUUUGAAUGGAUACGCGCCGCUCCGUGUUUCUGGAUUGAGUUCGUCAGGAUCCUUCGAUGUGGUGGUAAUUGGCAGCGGAAUCAUCGGUUUGUCCAUCGCGCGCCAAUUCCUUAUUGGCUCGGAUCUCUCCGUUGCCGUCAUCGAUGCUGCCGUGCCGUGCUCCGGCGCUACUGGUGCAGGGCAAGGCUAUCUGUGGAAAGUCCACAAAUCACCGGAUAGUGAUAAAUGGGAACUGGCAACAAGAAGCCAUCAACUCUGGGAGAAUUUUGCCAAGAGCGUUGAAUUUGAGGGAAUGGAUCCUUCCGAGAUAUUUGGGUGGAAGAAAACUGGAAGCUUGUUACUUGGUAGAACAUCAGAGGAAGCCUCUAUUCUAAGAAAGAAGGUGAAACAGUUAACGGAUGCUGGUACAAGAGCCGAAUUCUUGACAAGUAGCAAUUUGCUCACUGAAGAGCCUGCGCUCAUGCUUGACAAGGAUGGUGGAGCAGCAUAUGCACCCGAUGACUACCAGUUGGAUGCUCGAAGUGCAGUGGCAUUUAUUGAGAAGAGCAAUAGGCAAUUUGCUGCAGAAGGUCGAUAUGCAGAGUUCUAUCAUGAGCCUGCUACUUCCUUAUUAAGAUCCAGCAAUCACGGAGAUAUUGAUGCAGUUCAGACUUCCAAGAACAUUUUGCAUAGCAAGAAAGCUGUUAUACUUGCAGCAGGGUGUUGGAGUGGUUCUUUGAUACAUGAACUGAUUGAGCAUCAUGGUAUUGAGUUGGAUCUCCCUAUCAAGCCUCGAAAGGGUCACCUACUAGUGAUUGACAACUUCAAGCCGUUUAAGCUGAAUCAUGGUCUUAUGGAGGCAGGAUACAUCACCCAUGAAUCUGCGCCUAAUUCAGGAUCUGCUCAUACUGCACAAACUACAUCUGUCUCAAUGACAGCAACUAUGAACACGUCUGGUGGUCUCGUUCUUGGUAGUAGCCGUCAACUUGUUGGCUUCAAUACUGAGGUGGAUGAAUCCAUCAUCAAAAGCAUAUGGGAGAAGGCUGGAGAGUUUUUUCCUAUGCUGAGAAAGGAAUCUCUAGUAGAGCUGCGCCAAAAUGGUGAAGUGAGAGUGGGACUCAGACCCUACUCGGCUCAUGGGAAGCCGGUCAUCGGCCCUGUGCCUGGAUUCUCCAACCUCUUUGUGGCGGCUGGACACGAAGGCGAAGGGCUCUCACUGGCUCCAGGAACUGCUGAAAUGAUAGUUGAUAUGGUGCUAGGGAAUCCAGGGAAAGUAGACCCUUCUCCUUUUGCUGUCCGAGGUAGGGUUUGUUGAUCAUCCCAUGUAUUAUGUGUGGCCAAAUGGGUCUUUUGACAAUGAAAACCAAUGUCAUAUUACUGUCCAACGGAACUUCUGCCGGACGAAUUGAUAUUCAAACACAUGAUCAACAAAGAAUUGGCCAUUGAUUGUAGACUUGGUCUUGUAAAUCAUGUGUAAAAUAAUUUCUUUUACCAAGUAUAAAUAUCAUUCAUACAAGAAAUGGCAAUUGAUAAAUGCUCCAUACUCCGUAUAUCUUAACUAUACUCCACCUAUUUACACAAUUGUCCCUUUUAGGCCAUGUGUUAUGAUGCUCGAGUGCUGUGCCCGUCACACCGACACAACUGGCGUGGCGUGAUGGAGGCGUGACACAUAUGGUUGGAUGGCCACCACAGGCGUUGCUGACCGGUUUUCCGAAAAAAAAAUGUUGGGCAACGACUUUGUAGCCAUUGAAUGCCUUUUUUAAUUUUCAAAAGUAGCUGUUGGGUCUAAAAAAAUCUAUAAAUCAAGUAGAUAUGAGUGGAUACCCCAUAACUCCACUAUAUACUCCAUUAAAAAUUGAAAUUGGAUGAAGGAAACACCCAAUUGGAUUAUUCAAAGCUUAUGUCUCUGCUUUGCGUUGAAGCUACAACAAGCACUAUCGUUGUUAUUUCUAAUGAAAGUUCUUCACAAGA